UGUUGAAAUUCCUCUUUGUUUCUGAUCAUAUUAAUAAAUAAAGCAGGUGCUUGUACUGUUGUGUGAGACGUGAAAUUGGGUAGAAAUGAAGUUGAUUCUUGGUGUUUUUGUUGUACUUUCUUUGACAUCCAGCAACUGCCAACCAGCGAUUUCAGACAGCGUUUUAGAAGUCGUUUCUCUUUUAACUAAUUCUACACAAUUUCAAAAUACAGUGCCCAACUCGAACUUGUUUUCUUUGUAUCAGAAAUAUAUCUACGCCAAGCAAUCUUUGAAGGAGCUGUGGAAGAUCGAUUCGGUUUGUUCGAAGCAAAUAUUUUCAGUUAUUGAAGGCAUCGAUAGAAACGAACUAUGGGCUCUUCAGAUGAUGGACGCAACAGCAAAGUUACCUGCUGGAGUAUUGUUUGGGAAUAUCCUUAGUCUAGGGAACUAUGAAGAAUGUACUGAGAUCCAUCACUAUGAUGGCAAUCUCAAAACAGAUAUCAAAGGACAAUAUUGUUCAGCUGUUGUGACCCUAGGAAAAUCUACUGUAGAUUUUGAUAUGCUCGCGGAGACCGAUAACCUAGUUGAAGCUGCAGAUGAGUUUGAUUUUACCAACGUCAGAAUGAUAUUCGGACUAUGUGUACCCUCUGGUUGCAAUUCCAGAGACCUUCAAAAUAUCAGUAAUGCUAUAUUUCCAGAUUUAGCACCAAUACGGAUGACUUUCAUGGAAAAAUUCUGUUCACUCGGGGAUACAGAAAAGGAACUACCAACUAGGAGUAUCAUUGGUUUAUGCAUAUUUUGUUCUUUCGGGAUCUUGCUAAUUUUUGGAACUCUCGCUGACUUAUUGGACCCAACAGAUAACAACGCCAUCCUCAGAUGUUUCUCAAUGUACUCGAAUGGAAAGAAGCUCUUUAGCUCUAAAACAGGGGAAGAUUCGCUUCUUUGCUUGAAUGGUUUGAGGGUUUUGAGUAUGAUGCUCAUAAUUUUGGGACACAGGUUCAUAAUGACCAAUGGGAUGCCCGCAGUAAAUAAGAUUGCUAUAGAACGGUGGAAAGAAAGUUUAGAGAAUUAUAUCUUCAUCGGAUUGGGAUUUGCAGUUGAUACCUUUUUUACCAUAAGUGGACUUCUGGUAGUUUAUUUGUGCAUGAAGGCUCACGAGAAGGGGCAGUCAAUACAGUGGGGAAUGUUCUAUCUACACAGAAUCUUGAGGCUGUCACCAUCGUUGAUCAUGAUUGUUCUAUUUUAUGCAACAAUGGUUAAUUUCAUACAACACGAGCCAUUCGCUAUCGUGGAUGAUUACGUGGGGCAACCCUGCAGAGAUUAUUGGUGGACAACUAUUCUGUACAUUGAAAAUUAUUGGAAUCCGAAUAAUAUGUGUGCUGUUCAUACGUGGUAUUUGGCUAUCGAUACUCAGCUUUAUAUUUUAUCGCCGUUAAUUAUUAUUGGUUUGAGGAAAUUUCCGAAGAAAACCAUUCUUAUUAUGGUUUCCAUAAUUUUGUUAUCUAUAUGUGCCGCUUUUGAAGUCACAUGGCAGAAAAAAUUGGGUGCGACCUUCCUGAAUCAAAACCCCCUGGAAUACAAGAACUUAUACACACCGACCCACAUUCGAGUGCCUCCUUGGUUGCUUGGAGCAAUUACAGGAUAUUUGAUAGCGAAAUACAAAGGCCAGAAAUUGAACCUCGACAAGAUAUCGGUUCUAAUUCUUUGGAUCAUUUCUGUGGGCUCAUUAUUAUUUAUCCUCUUGAUCCAGAAGGCUUAUCAUGACAAUGACUACAACGUGUGGUAUUCAGCUAUUUAUAAUUCACUCGCAAGACCACUCUGGGGUGCAGCAGUUUGUAUGAUCAUAGUACUGUGCGUCUUUGGUAAAGGCGGUAUUGUUAACAGCUUGUUAUCCUGUUCCUUAUUCAACGUGCUGAUAAGAAUGAACUAUGCAGUAUAUUUGAUUCACAUGAUGGUAUCAGUCAGUAUUCUAGCCAAAAUAAGGACGCCAAUAUUCCUAAGCAAUUUUACUGUUAUCCAUGAAGCAUUAGGAGAUUACUUCAUCGUCCUACUGAUAGCAAUCUUUUGGACUUUGGCCUUUGAGUCGCCAAUAAUUGCAUUGGAAAAAAUUUUAUUUCCCAGAGAUGAACGAUGCAAAAAUAAGUUGCCUCUGGAUAAAAACAAUUCAGACCUUUCUGGAGGAAGUUGUGAAACGAUUAUUCUCAUGAAAGUACCUUUCAAAAUUAAUAGAAAACAUUUCACGAAGCACCUUCCAGCCAUGCAACUCAAUAUCGCCAUUUUUUACGUUUCAUUUUACUUUUGCAUAAAUAAUUUUGGAAAUGUUGAAUCUUCAAAGUAUUUUAAGCAUACCGUUAAUAUUCUCACGAGGAAGUUAGAAAGUGUAGUGGACGAAUCCUUGAUCAACACGGAAUGUGGUAAAGAUUUGAAAUUGCUGAUACACGAUUUAAUUAAACGGAAAAAAUGGGCCAUUCAAAUGAUUGAUGCAAGUGCUAAAAUUGGAUCCGGUUUGCUUGUUGGAAAUAUACAUCAAGUAGGAAAUUUCGACGAAUGCCUGGAUAUCCGGGUUGAGAUUGAUAAGAGGAUGAUCACAGGACAGUACUGCAGCAUUUUAAUCAGUCCGAAAAAUUCCUCUGAAGUUUCCUCAGAAUUCAGGGCUUUUUAUGAUCCAUUGCACAUAGCAAGUUAUGUGAGCAAGAAGGCCAUUAAGUUCCUCCGAAGAAACGUAAAUUUUCUCAAAAUGUCAUACGGAAUAUGUCUUCCUUCUUCUUGCUCUUUGGAUAACAUACAAACUUUAUGGGAAUAUAUUGAGAUGAGUUUAUCUCCUCCAUUCGAAAUUCAGUUCAAUGAUCUUCUGUGUGAUUAUAAAGAUAAACCAAGAUUCAGCUUUGGAGUGGAACGCUACAUAUUAAUGGCCUUCGCCUUUUAUUUCUGUUUACUUCUUGGGGCAACUGUCUAUGAUAUUUUCUACUUCGGAGGAGAUGAGCUAUCUUUGUCGAGUUAUGUAUGUACGUUUUCGUUGAAGAGAAAUGCUCAAAAAUUAUUUUCGACGCAAUUGGGUGAAGACAACAUAUCAUGUAUCAAUGGUCUCAAGGUUUUGAGUAUGUUCUGGGUUCUUCUGGGACAUCGAGUUAUGGUUAAUGCUUUGUUGCCAAAUGUGAAUUCAUUAUUUAUUUUUGAGUGGAAAGACAAUAUGGAAAAUAUGGCUAUUUUAGGUGCUACAGUAUCUGUAGAUUCUUUUCUAACUAUAAGCGGUUUAUUAUUAUCUUAUAUUUAUUUGAGAUAUACGGAAAUAAAGAAUAUAAGGGUGAACAUGAUAUCUUUUUACAUGCUUAGAAUAUGUAGAUUAACACCGCCCCUUUUGGCCACAAUUCUGACCUAUAUAGCAGUCUUGAAAUUUCUCACAGAUGGACCAAUAUGGCUAGCUUUUUCAACAAAAAUGGCUUUCAAUUGCCUAGUUUAUGGAUGGAUGAAUAUAUUAUACGUAAACAACUUCUUGUCACUCAAAGAUCAGUGCAUUUCUCAAUCCUGGUAUUUAUCGGUGGAUUCUCAAUUGUAUUUCCUCUUUCCCUUAAUUUUCUUUUCCAUUAAGAGGUAUCCCACGAAAACAUUUUAUUGGAUGUUCAUUAUUGGAAUUUUGUCAUCUUUAACUACAAUCUUCAUAACAGUGCAUUAUGGAUAUAAUUUCAUUAUGGAUUUCAGAUAUGUAAAUACUAUUUAUCAAAGUACUUUCUUGAGAAUGCCUGUCUGGUUGAUAGGGGUAACUACUGGAUAUUUCGUAUUCAAAUAUAAGGACCAGGAAGUUCCCAUAAAAAGACAUAUAAAGACUUUAUUAUGGAUUUCGUCAUUCAUUAUUCUCAACGGAAUUGUGUUUGGUCAGGUUUUUCUCAUGAGGAAUGAAAAUAAAUCUAUAUUCAGUGCGUUAUUUAACGCUUUCGGAAGACCGUUAUGGGCACUGAUGAUUUGCUGGAUCAUAUUUGCAUGUGUUACGAAGAAUGGAGGAGUUUUGAAUACGAUGCUAUCAUUACCGAUAUUCAAUUUCCUUGCUAAAUUGACCUACAGUCUAUUCUUAGUACAUCUGUUGGUUAUUUUUGUGAUAUCUGGAAGGAGAAGACACACUGAUCAUUUCAGUAAUAUCAGAGCGAUCCAUGAAUUCUGUGGAGACGCAAUCUUCAGCCUAAUUGUUGGUACUUGUUUCUCCCUUCUAUUCGAAUCUCCUAUUAUAACAUUGGCGAAGAAAGUUUUCAGAAGAUUUGAACAACUCACAGAGGAAAAAGAGGUUUCAGUAGUGGAGGCAAUAAUAAGAUAUAAAAUGUGGUUCCUUCCUGUUGAUGUCUACACUCAUAGUAAAGUCGAAUGAGAAAGGUGUUCCUUCGAGAUUCGUGAGAAGAUAAGCCAUGAACAUUUGAUGGACGAACGAAUGUUGAAACAGUUAGUACCUUACCAUAUAAUUUGUAAUUUAUUGAAUAAAAUUGUUGGAACUUU